AUGUCAUCAGCAGUCUCCCGACAGCCUUUCGCAGAUGUCGACUGGGCCACUCGCAAAGAGCGUUAUCCUGUGCAGGAACACAUAUCGAUUCCAGACCCAACCCGCAAAAGUCUGCCGCGGAUCCAGCACCAGUUCAAGCCAGAGUCUGAGUCCAAAUCAUCAGACCGGCAACAACGGCAAAAAGAAGUACGCCUUGUGAUCGAACGGUCCUGGAGAUCGUACAAGAAGCAUGGCUUUCCUCAAGAUGAGCUGAAGUCUAUCUCUGGUACCGCUCAGGAUACCCACGGCAACUGGUCGCUAACCCUCGUCGAGAGUCUGGAUACACUAUGGAUUGCUGGCCUCAAAGAUGAAUUCGAGGAGGCCGUAGAACUGGUUUCAGCAAUUGAUUUCAAUGUCACGACCAGUCAGGAAGGCAUCAAUGUGUACGAUGUAACAUCCAAAAUUCUGGGAAGUCUGAUAUCUACUUAUGAGCUCACACGGGACCAGAGAUUGAAGGAUAAGGCUCUUGAGUUAGCCACGAUUCUUUACGCUGCGUUUGAUACUCCGAAUAGAAUGCCAAACCUCCACUGGGAUAUGAAUGCUACGAAAAGAGGUGUGAAGCAGACAGCACCGUCCGACGCCACCAUUGGAGAAUUGGGAGGCCUGGCAGUGGAGUUCACCAGGCUGGCCAUCAUCACCAAAGACUCCAAGUGGUACGAUGCUGUCGCUCGAAUUACGAACACACUUGCAGAAGUGCAGGACAGCACUGUUCAUCCUGGCCUGUUCCCGAAUGAAAUAAAUCCUCAGGAGAAGCUCUUACACAGUCCUGGGGAUAUCGAUCUCGGAGCCCAAUCUCAAGCAUUCUACGACUCUCUUCCAAAGAUGUACGCCCUACUAAACGGCUCAGAUCAGUACAAAGUCCUUGCGAAGACCACGUCGGAUGCAAUCAUCGAGAACCUCCUCUUCCGCCCCAUGAUCCCUCCAGGCUACUCCACAAUCGACACCCUCCUGCCCGGCACCCUCAUCAAUAACACCCUCCACCCCCAAGUCCACCACACCGCGUGCGCCAUCGCCGGAACCCUCGCGUACACAGCCCGCCUCCUCCGCAACGAAACCUACCUAAUAACCGCCAUCCGCCUCCUCAACGGCUGCCUCUGGGCCUCCCAAACCACGCCCCUAGGAAUCAUGCCGGAGACAUUCACCGUCGUCCCCUGCCCCACACCCUCCAAACCCUGCCCCUGGGACGAAUCCCUCUACACCUCCGCCCUCCUAACCCAGCACAACGAGGCGCCAACCACCGACCCCAAAAUCCUGACCUGGAAACACCGCCUCCCGCAAGGCCUCACUUCCAUCCCCUCCCGCCACUACACCCUGCACCCCUCCCUCAUCGCCUCCCUCUUCACGCUCUACCGCAUCACGGGCGACCAGGAACUCCAGGAACAUGCGUGGACGUUGUGGAGGGCCGUGUAUGGACGGAGUAAGACCAAGUUCGCGCAUGCGGUCAUCGAGGAUGUUACGCAGCCCGGGGCGCCGAAGGAGGAUGUUAUGCCGAGUGCGUGGAUGGGGGCGUCGUUGAAGUUUUGGUUUUUGAUGUUUAGUGAGGAGUGCGUGGGGAGUUUGGAUGAGUGGGUUGUUAGUGGUGGGGGGCAUUUGAUGGGGUUGGGGAGGGGAGAUUUGGAUUGA